CUCUGUUUCGAUCAUUUUCUCACUACCAUCUGUUGCAGAUAUUAUUUCUCUCUCUAAAAACCGUUUUGUUGCAAUCUCUUUCUCUCUCUAAAACCCUUUACAACGCAAUCUUCAUUGUACUGUGCGUGUGUGAUUUCUCGAUAACGAUUUCUAAGCAUUUGAGUCUGAUUUUGUAUCCAAAGCUUGGGUUUGGUUACGGAUUUUGUUUUGAUUUGAUUUUUGGAUAAUUUUCUUGAAAUUUGAUAUGGCCAAUCGUAGAGAACGAGAUUUGGAAUCAUCCAACGGUGAGGAUUUUGAUUUCAACGAUUUGAACGAUUCUUCGUCUGUUGAAUCGUACGGAGGAGGCGGUUCCGGUGUGAGUAGUUCAUCACCGGGAAAUGACGGCGACGGCGGCGGUGGUGGUUCGAGGAGUGAGAUUGGAUUGACGGAGCGGUUGACGGAUAUUAUUGUUGAUGAAAGCGACGGCGAUCUGUUAAUUCAGACGACGAAUUGUGAAGAUCGGUUGAUGCAGUGGUUGCAAGCGCUUGAUAUGCAAGUUAUGGGAGCGUGUCGAGCUGAUGAACGGUUGAAACCGUUGUUGAAGAUGAAUAGUGUUUCUGGCGUUUCUGAAGAUCCGUUGUUGACUCAAUUGAUUCAGCAUUUUGAGCCAUCGGAGGUUGGGAUGUUAGCAAGAUGCUUCUGUUUGCCGCUUGUUUCGAUUCGAGUUGGGAAGAUCAGCAAGGAAGGGACUCGCUUGUGUCCAACUGCUAAUAGGGGUAACUUGACACUUGUUCUACUUCCAAGUUCUGAUCUUCGUCUCUCAUUCAUUGGGGAUGAUGGUAAAACAGAGAGAUUAUUUACUCUUUCUAGCACAUCCCAAUGCUCUGCUGUCGUGGUUGAGGGAAUCCCAACUGACGGCUCUGGCCGUUCCUUCCAUGUUACCACUCCUGAUGACAGAACUUUUUUCUUCUGGUGCUCUGAAAAGUCUAAGCUGCUAGGAGUUGAAUUACUCGUGAAGAUGAAGGAUUUACUCAAGAGGAAACCAUCAAUUGCUGAAUUGAGUGGCAUUAGCAAGUCGCGGAUUGAUUGUUUUGCAACUCAGCUUCGUGCUUUUCUUGUGGGGUCAACAGCGGGGAGUAGUCAUGAUAGUUCAGCUCAUGCUUCAACAUCUGUAAAUUCCUCGACAUACUGUGAUGUUGCAUUUGAAAAUUCACACGCUUCAUCAGCAUCAUCAAAAUUUCCUCGAUCUCGACAUAUUGUACAGACGACAAAGGGAGAUUCAAUGCUUUGCCAGAGUAUUCUUAGUCCGAGGUCAAGUUCAUUUAAAGAGGUUCCCCCAAGAAACAUGUCUUCCCAUAGAGUUGCUGCUAGGGAGAAGAUUAAGCGCCGUGGUGACACCCAGCCGCUAGCAGCUGACAACUUGGAUUUAUCAUCAACUUCUGAUCAUGACAAAGCUUCAGAAGUUACAAAAACUCUUGCCUUUUCUCCUAGUUUCAUGGGAUCAGCAGGAAUGUAUAGUGUUCCAUCAAGCCUUGGACCAGGUGGGGAAGUCCCCCCUGUAGUGUCCCCUCUUUUUUCCCCCUACUAUUGUUGGUGUCCACCUGGGAUUUCUUCUACCUUUCCAUCCAUUGCAGCAGCACUUCCACAAUCUCCUGUGUCAUUUGCUGGAUCACAGCCUCUUGCCUCAGGUGCCUCUUUUAUACCCAACACUCUUGCUGCUAGCCUGUUUCAACCAAUACAGCCUCUCAAUCUUGGUUCCUCAAUGGACUUUCCUCCUUUUUUUCCUGAACCAUUAGUAAGGAUGUCGUUACCAACUUCUCAACAGAUUCCCACUUUCACACCACUAAUGUGUGAUCCAAUUGUUCAUGUCCCAAUAAUUGAUGUCUGUUCUUCGGGGCAGGGCUAUCUUGUGAGUGCUGGUCCUGCAAUGUCAACUAGUAUUCCACCACUGCAUCCAAAUCUUGUGAACCCACUGAUUUCUGAAUCUGAUGCUGUGGUGAAAGGUGCAAGAGAGACUCUAAGGUUGCUGAUUAGUGGUUCGAGCCAGGGUAACCAACAGGUUAUGAUGAACCCUUUGCCUGCAAUUUUAACCAAUCUGGAUGAAAACCAAAACAAUGUACUUGUUGCUGGCAGUCGUGGUCUUUACACAGGAACCAGAGAUAUAAAUGUAAUCGCAAACAGCAUUGCUGCGAUGGGAUUAGUAUCAUUAUCUGGGGUAUCCAAUGGAGAAAAUGAAAGUGAUUCGGAGGUAUGUGGCAAUUACGGGAUUUUGGAAGCAAUGAAGAAAUCCAAUGAUGCAGGUGGUGCCUUUUCGGAUGAGGGUGGACCCUCCUUGGAUUCCAAGUAGUUACAGUCUAGAAUGCAAUUGUGUUUUUUCAUUUGUUAAUCUCGUUCGUGUCCAGAAAAUGUAGAUAUGCGUUGUAGCCCGUUUAAAUGGAAUUAGUGCAAGGUUCACGAUUCUUGAACCGUGAUCCCAUGCAGUAUGCCUUCAUUGAUCUUAAAUUGAUCAGAAAUCCUUUAUGGUUACUCUCCAAAUUGCAGAGUAACCAUGUAGUAUGCAAAGAGUAACCAUAUGUAGUGUGCAAAGAGUAGCCAUUGAUGAUUCACUUAAAACCGGAAAGUGCAGUUGCUUCGAUCACCUAAUGGAAUUAGUGCGUUUUUCAUGGCUCUUGAGCCGUGUUCCCAUGUAGUAUUUCUUUAUUGAUAUUUAAUAAAUUAGAAAUCCUUUAUGGUUA